CAAGUCUGAGCCCCUCACAUUCCCCUCGACAUGGCGCUGAGCCGGCGUCUGGGACUUCGGCUCUGCGCGAGGCUGCCUGACUUCUUUCUGUUGUUGCUCUUCAGGGGCUGCUUGAUAGAGGCAGUGGAUCUCAAGUCCAGCAACCGAAACCCAGUGGUACAUGAAUUUGAAAGUGUGGAACUGUCUUGUAUCAUUACGGAAUCACAGACAAAUGACCCUAGGAUUGAAUGGAAGAAAAUCAAAGGUGGUCAAACCUCAUAUGUGUAUUUCAACAACAAGAUUCAAGGGGACCUGGCAGGUCGUACAGAUGUGUUUGGAAAAUCUUCAUUGAGGAUUUGGAAUGUGACACGGUCGGACUCAGCCGUCUAUCGCUGUGAGGUCGUUGCUGUAAAUGACCGAAAACCCGUUGAUGAGAUUACCAUUGAGUUAAUUGUGCAAGUGAAGCCUGUGACCCCUGUCUGCAGAGUACCGAAGGCUGUGCCCGUAGGCAAGAUGGCGACACUGCAGUGCCAGGAGAGCGAGGGCUACCCCCGGCCUCACUACAGCUGGUACCGCAAUGAUGUGCCACUGCCUACAGAUUCCAGAGCCAACCCCAGGUUCCACAAUUCCUCUUUCCGUGUGAACUCCGAGACGGGCACUCUGGUUUUCAGUGCUGUCCACAAGGACGACUCUGGGCAGUACUACUGCAUUGCUUCCAAUGACGCAGGCGCAUCCAGGUGUGAGGGGCAGGACAUGGAAGUCUAUGAUCUGAACAUUGCUGGGAUUAUUGGGGGAGUCCUGGUUGUCCUUAUUGUUCUUGCUCUGAUCACGAUGGGCAUCUGCUGUGCAUACAGACGUGGCUGCUUCAUCAACAAUAAACAAGAUGGAGAAAGUUAUAAGAGCCCAGGGAAGCACGACGGAGUUAACUACAUUCGGACAAAUGAAGAGGGUGACUUCAGACACAAAUCGUCCUUUGUCAUCUGAGACCCGAUGGCUGGGAGAGCAUUGCAAAUACCUCUACUGGAGACUGGUCAAGGAUGCUGCGAGCCCAGGGCACCUACAGAGCGCCAUGCAGAAGCUUUUUGUUUUGGCCAAAGUCGACUCCUUCCUUGCUCUUUAACAAGCCACGUGAAUAAAAGAAAUCCUCCUGAAGAUGGCAUAGUAACUUAGAUUGUUGCUAGCCUUUUCCCCUUAGAGGGAUUAGGAUGAUCGUCAAAGCUUUUCUGUUAUCAGUUCUCUUGUGCAGGAAAACUUGGACCGUUUCUUGACCCCGGGUUGUUUAGUAGCCAGGACGACACUGGCUGUGAGAAGAUGAGGGGCCGGGCUGCAGCAGCAGCAGCUGUGUGAGCUCGCCUGUGAUGGUGUCCCAGGAAGGUUUCAGGCGGUCAGUGCCUUGCUCUCUGGACCCUGACCCACCGUGUUGCCUCUCUUGAUUGGCCAGUAUUUUCAUGUCCAUCCUAGAGAAUCUAUUUGGAUCAGCAUUUUGUAAAAACCCAAAUCAGAAAGGUAAAAUUGCUUGCUGGAAAGAGAGUUCUUAUCCAGAGAACUCUUGUUCGCAAGAGCUGCCAGCAUUUAGGAGAACCUGUCUUAAGCUAAGUCUGAAAUGGUACUGAAGUCUGCUUUUCUAUUGAUCUUGCUUAUUUUAUAAAAUUUUAACAUUCUAAAUUUUUGCUAAAGAUGUAUUUUGAUUAUUGAACAUUUCUAUAUAAACUGUAAAUAUAUUGCCACACAGUAUUUCAAAACAUAUUUUUUUAAGAGUUCAAUUUAAGAUUAGAAGGCUUGGGCUACUAGUGUUCAACUGGAAACUACCAGUAAUAAAAGUCUUUUAAGGAAUUCUCUUUGUUCACAAAACGUUUUAGCAUUUUUCUUAAGAAAACCACUGUUGCUUAGGAAACCAUUAAAGACUUUUAAUUUAGUCAUGUUUGUAUCUUUCUGUAUAAAGAAACCCUGGGAACUCCUGGGCUAGUUUUGAAUGGUCUCUUCCUGAGCUUUCCUAUUCCCAGAGAGGUACGAUGCAGACAAAGCUGGAUGGUUCCUGGGGUUAGUUCACUGCUCAUGGUCACUAACUCGUGUAGGAUGGAACGUCCCUGACAGCCUGCACAGCCCUGGCCUCAGCUCUGUACCCGGAUCAGAUGUUCACUGGUGGUAUUCUGGGCUGUGCAGUGCUUGCUGGUCUUAGGUGGGAAGCCGAGGAAGGCUGGUGACCAGUGGCAUCCCAGUCUUUGGGUGCGGUGACAGUGCUCAAUCUGUUCUGGAAAGGUCAUAAGACAAAGGCGGUGUAGUUGUUUUUAAAAUUCAUUUUAAUUAUUUGUUUAGUUGAUAAGUGCAUCCAAGGCUAAAGGCAAUUUGAAACCGAACCUGUCAACUCCAGUAAUAUUUAAAAAGAUUCUACUGUUCUUUUUGUUGUGAUGAAAGUGGCCAACGCUGCAGGCUGUCUCCCCUAGGACAAGCCCUUGUGUCCAGCCCAGCUCUUUGAAGCCAGUCAGAAAGCACAGCCAAGGUACAGAGCCAGAUGGGGAGCAAAGUGAAAUACCCGACCAAAAGCAGUUUUCUAAUUUUUAUUUUAAAUCUUUUAUCUACCGGAGACACUACUCAUUUUAUGGAACAUUAAAAACACCAUUCAAAAGCCUUUAUUCUUCAGGAACAGACGUCCUUGGUCUCAAACACUUUACCAUGCUAGAUCAGGAUGUAAAGUGGUUUGAAGCCAGGGGCGUCUAAAGGAGUUCCUAAACCUACCUUGCACCCAGAGAGGUUUUUAUGGAGGAGCUAGCCACUUUGUGAUCUUAAUAUUUUUUUUAUACUUCUACAGUCCCCCACCCCUUCCUUUUUUCACUGAAUACUUGAAGCACACCGUUUUUUUUUUUCUUAUGUGGAAGGCUAUAUGCUAAGAUACUGGCAGGAACAGUAGGGUGGGAAUUCUGUGCCUGUCCAGCACAGCCCGGUUUCUCUUGCUCUGUAUCCUGGAUAAUCUCAUCCCUCCUCUCUACCCCUGCCCCUCUCUUGGUAGAGCAGGACAGCCGCAGCUCUGAAGGGUGCGGUGGGAGAAUAAUGCACUGACCUUCCAGUGGCUGUCACAGCAAUAGGGCAGCCGUGUCGCUCCCUCUUUUUCUCUUUAAUGCCCUAGGCAUUCUUUCACAGUGCCAUGGGAACUAGUCUGACAAGGCAACACUUGAGCCUGGAAAGCAGGAGCCUGUGACUGGACAGAAGUGGCCUGAAGGAGCUCACUGACCUGUAAGAUGUGAAUGUGAUUGAAGGAACCUGAAAGAGGCUGGUUUUUUGUUUGUUUU